AUGGCUUUACCAAACUCAACAGGCUCUGCCGGAGGGGGCAAGCCCGAACCCGGCAUCAUCGACCUAGGCACCAUCUUCGUCGACUCCGACAUUAUCUUUGGAUUCACCAGUCACUUACUGAAAAGAAAAAAGAAGUUGGAGGGAUGCCCGACUGGAGAGUCUCCGGCCACCCCCAGGAAGAGGCUGCUCUCGGCGGAGGACGCGCGCUGCAGCAGCCGGCCUGCCCCCGAGGGCGCUGGCUCUGUUUGUGUGGCCGAGUUGGAGGAAAAAGGGAGCUUUUGUCACACUUGUCAGAAGAAAGUGUCCGAGUUGAGGAAGCUGGCGUUAACCCUGGCUGACCCAAACUCAUCAAAGGACACCGGCUAUGCAGCUUUUCUGUUCGAGCAGCUCAACACAUCUGGGAGCAAGGAAAGCGCUGUCACUUGCUGCCAGGUGUGCUUCACGCCUCUCCACCAACUGAAGCAGGAAGCUUUGCAGACUCUCCAUGAUCCCGUCCUCACCCUCGCCCCCGACAUGCCGGCCUUGCCUGCUUCUUCCUUUUUACCGCGCCCCUCCAGAUUUGCGGGUUCACCAUCGAGCAUCCAUGCAAACCAACUGUCCAAAGGCCAAGCUGGCACUCAAUCAAUCCUGCCCACGGGGGAACAGCUUAGAGGACUAUGCGGGUCCCAGGGCCCUCCAAUUCCAUCGAGUUCUAAAACCAGUGUCCAGGUGACAGUGGCAGGAGGGCAGCUCACUGGAUCCUUAAGCGCCGUCACCAUCCAAACACAGCAGUACCUCGAGGGCGUUUGGAGCAUUUCCAGGGUCAACAACUUCCUCCCUCAGCUUAAAUCGGCCCAGAGCUUGAUGGGGGAUGCCGACAGAGAUGUCACAACAUCUACAGCCACGCUCACCAGCAGCAGCAGCAGCAGUACCAAGAGCAGCACCUUGACACCCUGUCGCCUGAGAGGCUCCACGCAAACGGGCCUCCCUACCCCGAUCACCAGCGCUUCCAGCUCUGUCACACCCUCCUCAUCUGCAGCUGCCUCCUUCUUCAUCAGGGCUGCUCAGAAGCUCAACCUGUCCUCCAAACGAAAGAAGCAGCAACCUUCGCUGCUCCAUCCACAGGAGCCCUCCAUCUACCCCACCAACUUUAGUGGCAUCCUGCAGGUGUCACCCCCCGCUGCCCCGCCAUGCCUGCUCCGCGCUGUGUCCAAAGUGAAAGAGAACCCAGGGAUGGGAAAGGUCAAAGUGAUGAUGCGCAUUUGCCCAUCCUUGGAGGCGACGGACUCAUCAGAGUCUCAAUCCUUCUUGAAAGUGGACAGCAGGAAAAAGCAGGUAACCCUCUACGAUCCCGCAUCCAGCCCGCCGCACUCAAGUUCGGCACACAGACGCUCCGCCACUGUUGCUGUCCCAAAGAUAUUUGCCUUUGAUGCAGUUUUUACCCAGGACGCCUCACAAGCAGAGGUGUGCUCAGGUACAGUUGCAGAAGUCAUCCAGUCAGUAGCCAAUGGUGCAGAUGGGUGCAUCUUCUGCUUCGGUCAAGCGAAGCUCGGCAAGACGAACACUAUGAUUGGCAAAGACAGCUCGACUCAGACCAUAGGUGUUGUGCCCUGUGCCAUCUCCUGGCUCUUCAAGCUCAUUAAUGAACGCAAGGAGAAGACGGGCGCACGCUUCUCUGUCCGGGUGUCUGCUGUAGAAAUCUUCGGGAAAGAAGAGGAGCUGAAGGACCUGCUGUCUGAAGUUUCGAAAGGGAGCCAGCAAGAGGGUCAAUCUCCAGGCAUCCAUCUCAGAGAGGAUCCCAUUUGUGGCACACAACUUCAGAAUCAGAGCGAGCUACAUGCCCCGACAGCUGAGAAGGCGGCUUUCUUCCUGGAUGCCGCCAUAUCGGCCCGCAGCACCAGCCAGCCCAAUGCAGAUGAGGAGGAGCGACGCAACUCCCACAUGCUGUUCACGCUGCACAUCUACCAAUACCGCAUGGAGAAGAGUGGCAAGGGAGGAAUGUCUGGUGGACGCAGCAGGCUGCACCUCAUUGACCUGGGGAGCUGUGAAAAGAUCCUGAGUAAAAGUCGAGAAGGUGGAGGGGGCGCAUGUCUUUCUCUGAAUGCAUUGGGAAAUGUCAUCAUGGCUUUGGCGAAUGGAGCAAAACAUGUACCAUACAAAGACAGCAAGCUGACAAUGCUACUGCGAGAGUCCCUCGGCAACAUCAACUGUCGAACCACCAUGAUCGCCCACAUCUCCGAUUCUCCAGCGAACUACGCUGACUCGCUCACCACGAUACAACUGGCAUCGCGCAUUCACCGCAUGAGGAAGAAGAAAUCAAAGUAUGCAUCCAGUUCGUCUGGAGGGGAAAGUUCCUGUGAGGAAGGGAGGAUUCGUCGACCACCCCACCUUAGACCUUUCCAUCCUCGGACUGUAGCACUUGACCCAGAUCUACCGUCUCUGCUCAGUGACCCAGACUAUUCCUCCAGUAGUGAACAGUCAUGCGAUACUGUCAUUUAUGUGGGCCCUGGAGGAGCUGCGAUCUCAGACAGAGAGCUCAGUGACAAUGAAGGCCCACCUGCCUUUGUUCCCAUCAUCCCUUCCAUCAACAAGAAGAGGACAACAAAGGAGGGUCCUUUAGACAGAGAUCAAUUCUUUAAAUGCAACACAUUUGCUGAGCUACAAGAGCGGCUGGAAUGUAUCGAUGGUAGUGAAGAACCUACAGCGUUUGUUGGCGAAGGCAAGCGACACCAUGCGAACCCCAAGUUGGACAAAUCUAAGGAGAGCGAAAGCUCUGUUUCACCAAAGACUGUUGCAAGUAUGACUUGUAACCAAGAUAGCAUUUCUCCUAAAUUAGUUGCCAUUGAACCAUUUUCCAGUCCUGGCAAUAAAUCUAAAGCAGACAUUUUAGAAAGGCGCGGCACACUAGCAGAAAUGAAACAAACGGAAUGUGUGGUUCCGAAUGUAUGCAGAACUAGUGCUGAUGGCGAGAGGAUCUUGGUUCCAGAAAACACAGUUGAUGCUGAAAAAUUGCCAAGUGCUGCAACAACUCAUCCUGAGCCCGUUGUAAGGGAGAAGAUAUACUUCAACAAGAAAGGCUCUCGCAAAGAAAUUUCUGAAAAGACAGCACGAUCCAACACCAGAAUGCCCCCGGUAGGAAUGAGCCACCAGGCUGUGAAAAGGAGGGAUCCUUGCGCUUCCCCAAUUCUCAGAGCUCCAAUGGAGGUUUGCCAGGUGAGCUCCACCAUACAGGAAAGGUGCUUCGACCGGGACAUCUUGAGAGCGACUGUCACCUUGCAGCAGCCUGUUGAACUUAAUGGAGAAGACGAACUCGUGUUCACUGUUGUAGAGGAGCUAUCUAUAGGCAGUAUUGUCGAUAAGGGUCGGCCAUCCAGCAUUAUCAGCUUUAACAGUGACUGUUCUUUGCAGGCCAUUGCCUCUGGCUCCAGACCUGUCAGCAUUAUUAGCAGCAUCAAUGACGAAUUUGAUGCCUACACAUCAUCUGUAGAGAGAGCUGAUCUAAACAUCGAAUUGGCCAUGCCGCUACAAGAAGGACCACUGGAGUGUGUACAUAGUAGGGGUUCUUCUGUCAGCUCUUGGCUUAGUGAAGUUAGUGUCUGCACCCUGGAGAGUGAAGGAGCUCAAUCUUCGGACGUCUUUCUUCCACCAGAAAAGGACAUUGGAACAGAAUCCACUUUUAAUUUCGAUUCCCUUGAUAUGUUACAUAGUGUGCCAUCGACUAGAGAUACCAAGAAUUCGUUGAAUGACAGCGGAUUUAGUUUUUCUGAACAGGACAGUGACAGUACUGCCUCAAGCAAACUGUCCUUGACAAAGUGCCCGCCAUCUCCAGAUUCAACCAAAGCAUCCCUCAGAUUGCCUUCUAAAAUAACAAAGGCUCAUUCACUUAGCUCCACACUUUCACAGUCUCCCUCCAUGGUUCACUCCAGUCUUCCAAGGAAGGUAAAACAUACCUCAUCCAUCCCUAGUAGUAGCAGUAGCAGCAACAGCAGAGAUCUACCGAGGCAAGAGAAUAAACAGGAGAAUCCCUGGCAGCGUACGGACAACCUUCCACAAGCUCAACCGAUUGUCUCCACCAGCAGGUUCGUCAGAACGCCUCAGAGUGGAAUCUCUUCGAGCAAAGUAUCCAACAACUGUAACAGCGCACCUCGGCCAUCUAAACUACAUGGGGCUACCUCUUCCCAAAGGGUGGUUGAUGGGUGUGAAAAGACUGCCUGUAAGAAAUUUGACCCUCCCAGCCGAAUGCCUCAGCUGAGAAGAGGAGCCACCACCUUGGGAACAGUGCCCGUCAUCCAUUCCUCUACGGACUACAAGGGAACGCAAGAUGUUGCGGCAGCAACAGGCCUUAAAUUCUCUUCUCUAGGGAAAAGCAACAAGGCUAACUCACAGAAAUCAAGCAAUCUACCUAGACCUGGUUGUAUAUCACCUCCCCCUCCUCCAAUAAGAAAGUCCAGUCUUGACCACAAGACCAAGAUCCUUCUACCCCAAAGUGCCUUAAAAUUAGCAUAUGGGGAAGCAGGAAGGAACCCCGGCGCAAGAGCAGUGGUGUCAGAAGAUGAACUAGAAGUUCGUCACAGAUUAGACUCCAUUGGUUUAAAAACCUCCAGCCUGAGAGCUGACCAUAGCAAUGUCAAAGUUACAUCAGGUUUGAAGGCCAGAGGGACCAGAGGUGAAGCCGGACAUCACUAUGGAAGCCAGAUGUCAUUGGAGAGGUCUGAUAGUUUGUCUCUGUCCAGCCCCCGACCCGGGCUUAGUCGGGAAAAUAGCGGAGCAAGUCUGGGGAGCAGCAGUAGCAAGGUCGGGAAAUCUAUUCCUAGAUUUGGAAUUCCUAAUUCUUCAAGUUCCCCUAUUGCAUCCUGCCCGUCAUCCCCAGGUGGAGGAACUAUGAGUAAAAUGGCCCAGGUGAAAGCAGCAGGAAAUCCUCGUGCAUUGGGAGCACUCAAUAGCAGUAAGGCCCGCUCAUUGUCCGCCAACAGUUCCAAAGGCUUAAGUUCCUCCACCAAAUCAUUGGCUAGUGCUGUGACUAGAACCACCAAUGCCAACCUUCCUCCAUCAGGCAGAACGUCAGGUCCCCGUUCCCCUGCCGCCGUUGUCGGUAGCAAGACUGGGAGAGGGACUAUCAUGGGUACAAAGCAGGCAGUACGAGCCGCCAACAGUCGUGUGAGUGAACUAGCAACAAGUGGCAUAUCGGGCAAGCAUGCGACAGUUUCCGGAGAUUCGGACAGUGGCAAUGACAGUGGCGUGAAUGUGGGUGAUGACAAAUCAUCAAUAGCAAUGCUACCCUCUCCGUACAGCAAAAUUACAGCACCCAGGCGGCCCCAGCGGUACAGCAGUGGUCACGGCAGUGACAAUAGUAGUGUGUUGAGCGGGGAAUUGCCUCCAGCGAUGGGCCGCACAGCUCUCUUCUAUCACAGUGGUGGCAGUAGUGGAUAUGAGAGUAUGAUCCGUGACAGUGAAGCCACGGGGAGUGCUUCCUCUGCCCACGACUCAAUGAGUGAGAGCGGAAUAUCAUCUUCAGGCCGGACAAGGACCUCCAAAUAUCCAAAAAAGAGAGCGACUGGUUUCCAGAGACGACGCCUCAUUCCAGCACCGUUGCCUGAUACGUCGUCCCUGGGGAAGAAAGUCGGCACAGCUGGCCAGUGGGUCGACUUGCCUCCGACACUGAAAGAGCCUUUUGAAAUCAAGGUCUACGAGAUCGACGAUGUGGAACGCCUUCAGAGAGGACGACAGGAACAAGCCGGAGAGCAAUCGUUUCAUGAUGUUGACAAGGGGCUGUUGUAUUUUAACAAUAAGUUGAAGAUUUUGGAGAGAAGGCAGCAGCAAGUCAGGGAAUUGAAAGCGAAGCAUGAGGUCUUGAUGGAGGAGCUGGAGGACACCAAGGCCCGACUGAUGAUGGAUCCCAGAAAGUGGACUGGAGAGUUUGACUUGGACCCAAAUUUGGAUAAGGAGUCUCCGGAGUACCUAGACGUUUUGGAGAGGGUCACGGAGGAGCUGGAGUUUUGCGUGAACUUGUGCAAGUCGCGUGUCAUGAUGGUGACCUGCUUCGACAUCAGCACGCAAGCCGGUGCCACUCACGAGGAACCACGGGAAGUUGAAGUUUGA